AUGUCGUCGUAUUACGAGAGAAACAACGGUAUAGUGAAUGAUUGUUAUGAGGCGGAAGGUACAUUGAGGAGAGCUUGGGGAUGGGGUGAUUCAAAAGCUUAUGAGAGACUGAAGCGAUUCGCAAGUUGGUUUGAAGAUAUUUGGUUGGAAAUUGAUGAUUUGAACGACGAUGGACAACUUACCGAUCGAGCAGAAUGUGCUGCACUCCUAGCAUGCGAAGAGCUCCUCACUUUCACUCACAUCCCAUGCGAAGAUUACCUCAAGUACAUCGUCCGUAUACGAUGUUGUCUGAGACCUAACGAGAUUUGGUAUGAUUAUCCUUACGACGUCACUGGUCUCGAAGAGACAAGCGACGAGUCUUCAGAUGAGGGGAUGAUGUUCCAACUGGAGAUGUAA